AUGAUGGGUACGGCAUAUGUUUGUAAAUUAGGGAUUUUGCCUGAUGAAGACUGUUGGUCAGUAUUGAGACAUUAUGCUGCCUUUGCUGAGAGGCAAGAAGAAGAGCGAGAGAAGUUGAAAAAAAUUGGCAUGGAACUCGCAAAGAAGUGUAAGGGAUUGCCUCUUUCAGCGAAGACUUUAGGAAGUCUUUUGCGCUUCAAAAAGUCAAAACAGGAUUGGCAAGAUGUGUUGGAAAGCGAUAAAGACAUUCAAUAUUCGAAAGCUAAAUAUGAAUAUUACAUAAUGCAUGAUCUUAUCCACGAUUUUGCAAAAUCCCUUGGAGAGAACGAAUGCUUCACUUUUACAACUAAAGAUACCAUGAAUGCUCAGGAACCCAGCUGUAGUAGAGCCCGCCAUUUAUCUCUUGUAGUAGUAGUAGAAGAGAAAUGUAUGAAUAUUCCUUCUUUCACUUACAAGGCAAAGAGUCUGCGCACUCUUAAAAUCGUUGGAGGAGGACAGAUUCCUAAAGUUUCUUCUGAUUUAUUUCUUCGUUUAACAUGUCUGAGGACACUAGAUUUGGCUGAUAGUUACCUUGAAGAGCUACCAAAGGAGAUUGGAAAGUUGAUACAUCUAAGGUACCUUAACUUGUCCGCGGCAAGGUUUAGAGAACUACCUAAAUCAGUGACACGUCUUUACAAUUUGCAGAUAUUAAUUCUUGAGCGAUGCAGUAAUCUUUGUAAACUACCUAAAGGGAUUUGGGGAUUGGUCAAUUUGAUAGAUCUUGAUCUGUCAGAAUGUCUCCGACUAUGUUACUUACCGGAAGGUAUUGGGAGAUUAAGCAGACUGCGUAGUUUGUCGGACUUCAUUAUCGGUGGGGUGGAGAGAGGAGGACGAGGAUGUAAGAUUGGAGAACUAAAAGAUGUCAACUUCUUCAAAGGUAUUCUGAGGAUAAUAGGUUUGGGGAGAAUGGAAAAUGGAAACGAGGCUAAGAUGGCAUGCUUGAAGAAUAAGCAACACCUUCGUGCUCUGUAUUUGUAUUUUAAUCAAUACACGGGUGUUUCACGAGUUGAUGAGGAAGUCUAUGAUGAAGAAGAAGAAAAAGAAGAAAAAGAAGAAGAAGUAGAAGUAGUUGAUGGGGAAGAUAUGUUAUCGAGGAGGAGGAUGGAGGAUGUGUUGGAAAGUCUCCAACCACAUCCAAACCUUGAGAUACUAUCAAUUAAUGACUACCCUGGUGUUGUGUUCCCAAAUUGGAUGAGUAGUCCUGCAACCUUCAUGAAUUUCUCCAAUCUGGUUUUCUUGGAACUGAGUGAGUGCAGUAAGUGUAAGCAAUUGCCUCCGACUCUAGGGAAAUUACCAUCCCUUGAAACCCUUGUAAUAAUUGGCAUGGAUAAGGUGAAAUUUAUGGGUGUUGAGUUUUUUUGGAAUCGAUGAUGAUGGUGCUACAAGAAGAAACUCUGUAAUUGAUGCAAUAUUCCCAAAGUUGAAAGUAUUUCACUUGUCGAAUAUGUCGAAUUUGGAGGAGUGGGACAUGAGAAUACAUAAACAAGAUCGGAAAGAGUUCAUCUUUAUGCCGUGUCUCCAGUAUCUCUUUCUUUUAUUAUUGCCCAAGUUAAGGUUGUUUCCACAGCACCUUACCCAAGCUACAACCUUGAUGAAAUUGUUCAUAUGGGACUGUCCAAAGUUGACUUGGAUGCAGUUGCCAUCUCCAUCCUCAUCAUCAUCCCAUAAUCUUCCUCCUUUUCUACAAGUUGAGGAGUUGAUUUUAAAGGAAGACGCAGGUUCAUUUUCAAAGGCAUUAGUACGAAACAACCACGUUUUUCUCCCUAAGCUCAAGUUGCUGCGUGUGAGACUAUCACCUUACUCUUCGUUACCUAAAGGCUUAGGGAAACUCACAUCACUUGAGAGUCUGGAUAUCCGAACCUGUUCUAAGAUCAAGUCAAUACCUGAGGAGGUGGGGGAGUUGCAACAUCUCACCGCACUCCAGGAGUUGAGGAUCAUGAGGUGUCCUGCCUUGAGACGACGUUGCCAAAAGGAGAUUGGAGAAGAUUGGAACAAGAUAUCCCACAUCCCAAACAUCUUCAUCGAUGACAAGAAGAUCAAAUGAAGAAGAGGG